UUUCAGGGCCAGGACAUCGAGUCAAGCGAACACAUCAAGCUGCUUAGGGUCACCUUAGACAGCAAGAUAAAAUUCCAUCAACACGUGGCGAAGGUGACGGCCAAGGCCACGAGGCAGUGCCUUGCCAUUAAACGACUACGUGGAGUUAGGCCGAAGCAAGUCAGACAGCUCUACAACGCGACGGUUACACCGAUUAUGGAUUACUGCGCAUCUGCAUAG